CAACCUAAAGAGAUUGAUUGACACAGCUGAGGCUGAUAACCAAGUCAGGGAAGUUCGGAGGAGAGUGACAGGACAAUACAAUACUAAUGAACGCUAUUUAGAUUGCCUUUCAGUGGCAUAUUGCUCAAUUAUAUAUAUAUAUAUUUUUUUUUUUUUUUUUGUUUUGUUUUUGUCGAAUCAUGUAUGAUAGCUUCUACUUUGGGCUUCUCUUCUUGUGCUUUCAACUCUGCGAGGUGAAUGCAAGUGAUGUUACCACUGCUCCACAAGGUGCCAUUGAGACCGAGUGUCGCGAUCGAUAUUUCUGGGUGUCUGUUGAUGUGGGCUUUGCAGGCCAUGUCCCAAGAUUUGAGGCUGUAGUUGAAAAUGGAGUGCAUAUUAUUAGUCAGGAUCAUGCAUCCAGGUGUGGCUACACAGUUAGGAACUUGAAUGGAAGGGCGUCUCUGAGGGCUUCCUAUUUCUCCUGCCACACCGAAAACCAGGAUGACAACAACUUCCUUUUCAAGCUGAAUGUUGUUUUGAUUGACCAUAAGGGGAGAGAGAAUAAAUACUCUCUCUCAGAGACAUGCACACUGCCGGUUGACUGGUCUGCAAAAGAGAUCCUCUGUGAAGAAAACUACAUAGAGGUGACAGUGGCGAGAGAUACACCCUGCAUGUCCGAUAAGCGCACCAAUAAAGAAGCGUGGCUGGCUGCUCUCGCUUUUGCCCAGAGAUCUGCCAUCUCUGAGUGGCAGAUAAUGUUCCUGAAUCAGGACCGUUUGGAUGCGAUGUCUAUCUCUGAAGCCAGUCGAAUGGGAUACAUGGUGGAUUCCACUCCAAACAGGGUGGUCUUUCGCUCUGCCUACAAUCAGCCACAUUCAGUAAUCACAGAGAUUGAUGGCAUUGCUGUAGAGGUGAUUCAUGCAACAGUGUUUUUCAGACAGAAAUGGGCGGUUGUGAUGCUUGACUUGUCUGCAGCAUGUACGAUAGCCCCUAGCUCAUUUGAUGGAGUGAUUUUGCACUGGAGAACUCCUAAAGUCAUGACCCCGAUGGUGCUGGACCUCUCUGGGUUUGUAAGCAGGAGUAUUGAGCUGGGUGUGGAUGCUCAGCUCAUGGACGAGACCACCAGGACAGCCAUGGGUUACAUGCUGGGAGAAGAUGGGCAGGUGGUGCACGUAUCAGUGCCUUUUGGUGCACCAGGAGGUUACAGAAUGAGCGUAGUCGAUAACAAUGUCUAUAAAGAAAGUUACGCGACUUUCCUAUGCUAUGAGCACAUCUAUUCGCAUGUGUUUACGGAUGAUACUGAAAUAGAGACCAGACAUCGGCAGCUACGACGUUUAGAGACGCCACUAGUUUCUCGGAUUCCUUUCGCUAUAGAUGAAACUUUGCCAAAUGAAGAGGUGUUCACCGUGUAUCUUGGUAGUUUUGCUUCGGAUGUGGAGCUCAUUGCAAUCAAGCUGAAUGAGAACUAUCUGUCAGUAACAGAUGACAUUCAACAGCAUUACUUCAUUACAAAAAUUCCUCACAUCAAUGGGACCCACGGUUUCAUCAUCAAGGUUCCUUUUGAAGAUAAAUCAGUUAACAGAGUGUAUUUGGGUGAAGGACUUCUCCACUACUCUGCAGAAAUGAACUACACUCUAAAUAUCAUCAGGCGAAACGACACAUUUUUCCACCAUGUCUCUCUUGUGGCACAUGUUAAUGAUGCUUUCCCUCCAGAUGUCACUGGUUUCUGUACAGCACAGAGCAUAAUAUUCAGAAUGAAUCAUGCGAGGCAAGCUGGACUUUGGGAGGUCUGUGUGGGGCAUCAAGCUCUCACAUCUGACUUAUCCAGGGAUAAGGGAUACACACUGAAGAACGACAGUGACAGUAUGACUCUGGAGGUCCCACUCUUCACAUCGGGCUACAUUUAUGAGGACAUCACAUUGCAGAGCUUUGUUGGCACUUUUGAGAUUCUUAUAAGAGACUCAAAGACUCUGGAGAUUCACAAGAGAACAACAAAGUCCUGUUACUUUCAGUCUGAAGAACUAACAGUGUGUUCCACAGAUGGAAUAAUGACCGUGGUGGCAACCACUACAAAAACAUGGCCAACGGUGACACCUAGCAGCACAAGCCUACUAGAUAGAAGAUGCAGACCCAAGGCAACUGAUGAGACAAGGGUCAUGUUUUCUUUUGGUGUGGAUACGUGUGGUACUAGAUUAAUGUUGGGUGACGGCUACAUUGUGUAUGAAAACGAGGUCAUUUCUGAUGAAGGUGCCAUAAUUGACCAGGAAUCAGCCAUUAAAAGGGAAUCAAAAUUUAGGCUCACUGUGAGAUGCUUCUAUCCACUUGACUCUGUUAAGAAGGUUUUUACAUCCAGAUUGUUUAAAGGACCUGAAUUUGGUACAGUCAAAUUUACAGACACUACAGAUGUAAUAGGAAACCUUAUCAGCUCUCAGGCAGCCUCUGUUUUUGACCCUAAACCAUGGGCAAAUAAACUUCCUCAUGAGACACAGUUUGUGCAAAGAGGACUUCCACACUCUGCGUAUCCCUCAUCAAAUCUGGGCAGGAAGACAUCUGAAGACAGUUACCACGCGAGCAAUAUUCCCUAUCCACAUAGACGUACCCAACUCUUCAAGGAAUCUGGGCAGCAAAAUUCUUUUAAUGGCUUGUUUGAAGACUACAGAUCUUUCCUUGUUGACCCUCCACAGAAAACGUCUAUGAAAAGGAGUGACCAAAAUCAUGAUAAUUCUAGGAUGAUUGGUGAUGACAGUUCUGCUUCAGCUUUCUACAGGGGAUCAAAACAUGCAUCACAUGUCAUAAAUGAAACCUUGCCGUCCAUUUUACAGUCUGUCAUUGCCAUUAGUAAUCCAACAAACUACAAUCCAAAUAGCAGUGAAGUGAGUGACCAGCUUUUCCUGAGAGAAUACAUGGACCAUUACACUCCUGACAGUGGUUUUCAACACUCCCCAGAUCGUUUUAAUGAACUGAUUAACAAUCUGUCUACUAAAGAUCCUUUACUCUAUACUGGCAAUAUUAGUUCUAACAAACUUGAAGCAGGCAAAAUUGAACGGGGCCAAAAACAUUUGGAAAGUUACAUACUUCCCACAUUCAACGUGAAAUAUAAGAACAGACUUGACACUGAAAGCAGUGCUCAGCCAUUUAAAGAGUACGGAUUGGACCUUUUACCUGUAGAAGAUGAGCAAAACAAUUUCAUGCAUGAAGAUGAUGACAAUAAUCCAAAGAAAUUAUCGUUUUUGCAUACACAUCAGCAAAAAGAAGUCGAAGAUGGGCAUUUUCUUUCUGAACAUAAACUUUUAGCAGUAAAACCAUCAUAUGACAAAUUGAGAGGGACCCUGUUCUUCCCUGGUAGCAGAAGCCGUUACGGUUCCAGCAUUCAUAAAGGAAUAAGAAGAGGAUGACCAUGGAGGCUGUAAAAAAUAGGAUUUCAUUGUUAAAUGGUGAAUCCAAAUUAUGAACUUUGUCAUGUUGAGGAAAGUGCAAUGAGAUUUGGCAAAUAACAUGACAGCCCCAGGCAGAAAAAUCAAGCCCAUUCAAACUGAGGGUGUAAUGUAUGGCAUACUGCUUUUGCAAAUAAAAUGCAUUGUGAUCACUAACUGUCAAGUUAAGUUGCAAUUUUUUGGUAAACA